AUGGAUCGAGAACAUACUUCUAUCGUGUAUGACUCAGUAUUGACUGCUCAACAGCGGCAUCAAGCUCAGAAACUGGCAAACCUUCCAGCGACAAAGAUCACUCGGAGUUUCUCAGCCAGCAGUACGAUUGCCCCUGGAUUAGACGGUCCUCAAAUGAACUUAAGGAAUGAAACCCGGGCGACGGCAAGCAUUCGAAGACUCGCAAGCGUACUUUCUUGGGGGUGGCGCACUGCAUCCUCACGUCGAGCAGGAUAUCACGCAGACUGCGUAGAAGACAUUGCUGCACAUCCCGCCGGCUGUCUGAAUCCCGUCGGGUCCACUGUAUUCGCGCCAGGUCAGACGCGUCUUACCAAAGCGACUGCUGCGCUCAAUGCCUGGGAUCCUCUGUUUGAUGUCGGCUCGCUGUUUCAAUGUCGGACAUUCGAAAUGGGUCAUAUCGGAUUUGCGAGGGUACGGAUAGUAACUGGGGAGUCUAAGAAGGCUGUUGAGCGAGAGAGACAAGCUGGAUCUUCUCGAACCUGUGCAAAUAUUCCAGCAGGGGAUUGGAGAACACGAUGGAAAUUUAAGUCUGAAUCGGUGGUACUCGGUCAACUUCAAGAUUUCGGGAGAGGUGCAGGCUGGACGUGCUUCGGAGUCAAGAAUGGCGACUGUUGGCAUGGACCAGGGAGGAAGAGUAAACGGCGUAGGACGUUCGGAGUGUUGAUAGUACCGCAAAGCUAUGGUCUCCUGGAUGGGUCAACUCACGUAGAAUUUGCGGAGCAGAGCGUGUUUAGAUUUCCAAGGCCGGGGAUUUUGGUGACCAUCCAGCUAGCUAAUUUGUUGUCAUCACGAACUCCGUAUAUCCCAAGACGACGUACCGCCGUCCGGCGAGAGAAGAUUGCCCCGAGACGACCUAUCGCCAUCCGGCGAGCGAGCUUGAAGCUGCCGAAAUCCAACCAAUGCCAGGAUUGCGUCGAGACGACGUAUCUCCCUCCGCUGAGGCGAGGAUUGCUCCGAGACGAUGUAUGUUCGUCCGGCAAGCGAGCUGCUGACCUGGAAACAACACGAGGGUUGCGUCGAGACGACCUAUAUUCAUCCGCCGAGCAAGGAGUUGUUUUGAGACGACGUAUUUCCAUCCGCCGAGUGAGCACUGACACUGGCUCGAAGAUACUGAAAUCAAACCAAGACCAGGAUUACUCCGAGACGAUGCAUCUUCGUCCGGCGAGCAAGGAUCUGAGCUUGAACAUGUGCCGGGAAGGCUUGUUAGGUUUGGAGUAUAUGUAUCGUCUUCCGGCGAGCGAGUUCGACCACGAAAUUUUCGAGACUAAAACCCUGCAGAGACGCAUCGAGAAAAUAAAGGUAAAUAUGAGUGAGACACGACCGCAGAGCCAAGUCGUUCUCAGGAAAGCCAGUUUCCAAAACACCAAGAAUUUCGAGUCCGAACGCUUGCGGAGCCACACCCUCGUGGACGCACACGCCCUUGUGCACGCAGGGAGUGCAGGCAUGCUUGCGAGGAUUCAGGCACAGCGCGCGCGACUCGGAGACGGUUUCUGGUUGAAGAGUCACUCGGACAAGCCUGGAGAGGUCCCAUGGAAUGAUGGUGGGGUCCCAGUAUUUUGA